AUGUUCCUGAGAUCAUUAAGAUGCUGGGAAUAUAAAGGGAAUAGUGUGGGACUUGACCACAACAUCUCAUAUGGGCAGUCAGGCAUCUGUACGGACCUGCCUUCUGUCCAGCAGGAGAUCGUGGAUGUACACAACGCCUUCCGAAGGGCUGUGGUGCCGACUGCCAGCAACAUGCUCAAAAUGAGUUGGAGCGAUGCUGUGGCACAGUCAGCUCAGAGCUGGAUUGAUCAGUGUAACAUUACACACGGACCACCGAGCAGCCGCAUGAUUGACGGAUAUGAAACGGGUGAAAAUCUUUUCAAGGCCUCUGAGGAUUAUUCAUGGACCAGAGUGAUAAAUGCCUGGCGCAGCGAAGUCAACAAUUAUGAAUAUCCCACCGGAUCCACCAACGGUCUGUCGAUUGGACAUUACACACAGGUGGUGUGGUACAGCUCGUACGAGGUCGGCUGUGCCGUGGCUAAGUGUGGAAACUCCUACUUCUACGGAUGCCAUUACUACCGCGCAGGGAAUUUCAGAGGAGUCCCGCCGUACUCGCAGGGCGAACCGUGUGCCGCUUGUCCAGGCAACUGUGAAGACGGUCUGUGCACUAAUCCAUGUCCGUACAUCAACACGUUCAGCAACUGCGAUGAACUGAAAGAAAUAGCCACUUGUGACCACUCCUUCGUGAGCGAGUAUUGUCCAGCCAGUUGUCUUUGUGAAGACAAAAUCCACCCUAUUGCAAGGAAAUGAAAUCUUAUAUGGCCAUAUUGCAUGAAGUGAGGCCUGUUUUGGAUAGUUGUAGCACAUAUCUCCUAUAAUGUGAUAUAUAUACAUAUUCUUACUUCUUUCUAUUUCUGUUCUUCCUAUAUGUGGAAUACCUCAAAUGUGAUGAUUAUUCAAAAUCAAGGGUACUGUACUUUAAUAAUAUGAUGAAAAAUGCCAGUCUGCAUUGCUUUGUAUCAUUACCUCAACCUUUUUUUUCAGUAAGGCCUAUACAAUCACAUAUAAGUAAAGCCAUUUGUGUUUUAUAAGCCUUGUAAACCCACAUACUGAAAACAAUAGCUGCUGGAGAAAGCUCAGCUUAAGACAGGAUACGUCACAAAAGACAGACUGAGUCCAUGUAAUGAUAUUUUCUGCAAUACUGCACCCUAUUCCUGCAGUUUAUGUAAUAACAUCACUUUAUUAAAAUCAUUCAAGUGAUUUUAGAUCAUGUCAUCAUGCUUCACUGAUCCAUGCAAGUCCACAUUAUAAAUCAAUAAGCAAUGUUAGGCUGUAGACAGUGCUUUCACCCUGGCUAAAAUAAUUGCACUUUUACCUAGGUGUCCAGCAGGUGACGCUGUUGCACACUAUAUGAUCAACACAAACAUUUCCUGCUUCCUGUCAGAAAUUAUUAGAAUACUUGUCUUUUCCUUUCAGCUGAUGAUCUGUGUUAUAUGUGUAUAACCACACAUCCGUGUCUGGCGUGUUUCUCUAGCGCGUGCAACUUUCAUCUGCUUGAAAGCUACUUGUUGAAAUGUGCAUGUCACGUGUAUGAGAACACAAUAUGAGGAGGCGGGCUUAAACUGCUCAGGGUGGUCAAAUAAAAAGCAGGCUUUCAUGUG